AUGAGUCAAGGGAAUGUAACCAAACGCGAGUUAUGCGUGAAACGUAUGCGGGAGAUUCAUGAGCUGUCGAUGCUCGCCGCGGACAAUGUAAAUCAGAGACCGAACUUUCUCGUGCGAUAUCCCAUCGUGACCAAAUUGGUCGAGGACUUUGAGGCAGUCCACCUCAAGAUAAUACAAAACGCCUCAGAUGAAGAGUUCGAAACGGAGGAUUCGAUUCGCCGGGACUUUGACAAGAUGCGCUUCGCGGCCCCGGCCCAGACGUCAUCGGUCAAAUUGCCCAAGAUCUCCUUUCCGCAAUUUUCGGGAGAUCUCACGCUUUGGCCCUCGUUCAUCGCGUUAUACAACAUCUCUAUUCACGAGAACCGGAACGUCCCUACCAUAGAGAAGUAUCAAUAUCUGAUAUCCUGCUUGAAAGGAGAAGCGCUGAACGUCGUCAAGAACAUCCCUCUCUCCACUGAUAACUACGCGAUAGCUUAUGACGCCUUGAUUUUGCGAUAUCAAAACAAACGAGACUUGGCGGAUUAUCACGUGGACUUGAUGUUAAAAGCUCAGCCGUUGAAGUCGGAGUCGGCCGUCCCCCUGCGCACGCUGUUGAGCACCUUCACCGAGAACACGCGAGCAUUGAAUCUAUUAGGAUUUCCUACAAACGCUUGGGAUUAUCUCCUUCUCAAAUUCUUGCUGGAGAAGCUCCCUCGCUCGCUCCGCGAGAAGUUCGAAUCUGAACACCGGGCGGAGGAAAUACCGAAAUUCACGCAGCUCACAAAGUUCCUCUCUGAUCACUGCCGGGUUCUCGCGUCGGUAUCGGGCUCACAAAAUACGUCGCAAAAGUCUCAGUCGACUUCGUCAAAGAAUUCCGCGUCGGCUUCGUCGCUCGCAACUCGAACCGCCGAGUGUCCGGUAUGUAAAGAACAACACCCUGUUGCAAAAUGUUCUCGGUUCUUAAAGUUAGCACCCCGAGAGAGGCAUUCGACGGCUAAAGCUUCGAACUUGUGCUAUAACUGCCUCCGCGCGGGCCACAGCGUUAAUGACUGUCCAUCGUCGUGGACGUGUCAGUCGUGUAAGGCCAAACAUCACACGCUCCUGCAUUUUGAGCAGAACUCGGGCUCGGCGAAUGCACCCACAGACGCCGAACCACCCUCCGAAUCGGGGACAACGUCAUCGCAGGGAAGCGAACCCCUCGUUAGCAUGGCCAGUGUCGCGCGGUCGAACCCGAUCGUAUUGUUGUCGACGGUACAAGCCGAAGCGCUCGACGCACACGAAAAUCCCUUCCCCGUUCGUAUUCUGUUAGAUAGCGCGAGCCAGCUAAACUUUAUCUCCGAAAGUUGCAUGCAGAGGGGUGGUUUCGGACGAACCAAGUGCCAUACGGUAGUUCUCGCGGUAAAUGAUACAAGGGCGGCUGCAACUCGAGGCCGCAUCUCACUCGUAAUACAAGCACAGGGCAGGGAAAGCACGCGCACCCCAGUAGAGGCUACGAUUCUUCCGCGCAUCUUCGCCCCGUUACCUAGCAGUCAGGUCGAGCGAAGAGCGUGGAAACAUUUGAACGGAUUGCGGCUAGCUGAUCCGCGGUAUCACCGACCCGGUCCCAUCGACAUCCUGAUCGGCGCAGAAAUCUUCGCGUCGCUGCUUCGGGAUGGCCGUCGCGUGGGAAGGAAGGGCGAACCAGACGCCUUCAAUGCCGUCUUCGGCUGGGUUCUCGUCGGUUCGGUAUCGACGCAGGCGCCGGGAUCCACACAUUCGUUUAUGACUCUCGAUUCGUUGGACGCAUCUCUUAGUCGAUUUUGGCAACUAGACGAGAUUCCAUCGGUCCCACCGUAUUCGCAGGAGGAUAAACGUUGCGAGGAAUUAUUCGCUCAGACCACGCGUCGGGACGCGUCCGGUCGUUUAGUCGUAUCGUAUCCUUUCAAAAGGGAUAAACCUUGUUUUGUCGGCACGCGUCAAGUAGCCCUAAAUAGAUUUCGCGCACUUGAGCGUCGCUUUAAAUUAGAUGCAAAGUUUAAAUUGAACUAUAACAAAUUCAUGCAGGAUUAUUUGAAUAACGGUUAUAUGAAACUGAUUGAACGGCCGUUCCCGGUGGACGGACCUGUAUUCUAUUUGCCCCAUCAUGGGGUAGUCAAAUCGGAUAGCACUACCACAAAAUUGCGGGUCGUAUUUGACGCCUCGGCAAAGGAUUUGAACGGCGUUUCGUUGAACGACGUAUUGCGAUCCGGGCCUAAGUUACAGACGGAUAUAGUCGUGAUAUUGUUGAGGUUCCGGGUAGGCCGCGUGGCGCUCACUGCGGACGUCAGACAAAUGUUCCUUCGGAUCUUGGUCGAGCGCGGUCAAUGUGACUACCAGAGUCUGGCCAGCCAUCCGUCAGUCUUAGCAGGUCUCGAUCCAGAGCUUAGCAGUCAAUCAUUGCUAUCGUUUGAAUCCUCGGAAGAUCAGUUUCUCAAAGUUCUCGGACUUCGUUGGUAUCCUCAAACGGACAACUUCGGCUUUCAGGUCCACCCGUUGGACAGAGAUUGUACCAAACGCACCAUUCUCUCGGAACUGGCUCGUAUUUUCGACCCGUUAGGCUUUCUGACUCCCCUUACGUUUGCAGCUAAAAGACUGAUACAGCAACUCUGGGUGCUCAAAUUAGAGUGGGACGAUAGACCUCCUUCGGAAGUAUGUUCUCGAUGGGGACGAUACAAAUCGGAACUCCCCGCGCUAGCUUCCAUUCGCAUACCUCGUACUAUUGCCAUGGCCAACAUAAUCCGACGGGAGAUACACGGAUUUUGUGACGCGAGUGAACAGGGCUACGGAGCCGUUGUAUAUAUUAGAAUCGUCGCCGAGGACGGGGUACUGAUUCGAAUGCUCAGCGCCAAGUCAAAGGUGGCCCCGCUUAAGGCCAUCACCUUGCCGAGACUCGAGCUUUGCGCAGCCGUUUUACUGUCGGACUUAGCGGAGUAUAUCGGGAACAUCCUCCGGCCUAAGAUUACUAUCGACGGCACGUACGCGUGGUCUGAUUCCGAGGUCGCGCUCGCCUGGAUACGUUCGGCCCCCCACCGUUGGAAGACGUUUGUGCGCAAUCGUGUGGCCCGCAUCCAGUCCAACACAGAUAUCUCUUGCUGGAGACAUGUCGACACCAAGUCUAACCCCGCCGAUUGUUACUCAAGGGGCUUGUUUCCUCAAGAAUUAGUGGAUCACCAGCUUUGGUGGACCGGCCCUGCGUGGCUCGCCGAAUUCGAACCCACUCCAGAAACGAUAUUGGAGACUGACGAUUUUCCGGAGGAAGAAAAAUCUCGUGCUUUUGUUGUUGUAAAUCCUGCUGAUGUCGUAAACUCUGCUUCUGUUGUUGAUUCGCUUCUCGAUCGUUUUUCGUCAAUGGAUAAACUCGUUAGAAUAUUCUCUUAUUGUCUUCGUUUUGUUAAUAGACUCAAGUCGAAUUCACCUCACAGAACUCUUGUUGUAGACCAAGUCGAAUUCCAUUCGACCCUGCUAGAUCUCGUUAAAGUUGUUCAAUCUUGUCGCUUUGCAGAGGGUCUCGAUAGAUUGAAACGCAAUCAAAAUUGCUCCAAACCUCUGCGACAACUCGCCCCCUUCGUAGACGCGCGCGGAGUCCUCAGGGUGGGCGGUAGACUCACGCACUCCGCAAUAUCUCAUGAGGCCAAGCAUCCCGCGUUAUUGCCCGACUCGUUUUUGUUGGCUCUGAGGCGUUUCAUCGCUAGGCGCGGUCGCUGCUCGCGGAUCUACAGCGACUGCGGCACCAAUUUCGUGGGGGCUCAGCGCGAGCUCGUCAGCUGCAUGGAGGCGGCCUCAGGGCGAGAACAAAUCCAGUGGUCCUUUAACCCCCUUUCCGCGCCACACUUUGGUGGCCUCUGGGAAGCGGGGGUUAAGGCGACAAAAACCCACUUGAAACGCGUGGUGGGAGCGCAGAUCCUCACGGUGGAGGAAUUCAGUACCCUCCUAGCACAG